AUGAAAUCCAUAUCUAUUGUAUCCUCCAUGUUUCUAGUUUCUUCUAGUGUUUUCUGCCAACAACAACAACCUCUUCCGAUUGCUCAAGCUCCCAGUUAUUAUGGAGAGUUUCAAGGAGCGAAUUUCGGUUAUCCACCAAUUCCUAAUCUACUUCCACAAUUUCAAGCAAUGAAUAUGAUUGGGGCAACGACAGAACCAAGACGAGCAGUUCCGAAACAAGCAGAUGGAACAGAUUGUCCAAUGCCACCAGAAUGUGGAUGUCUUUGUGGAAGAAGUGGAGGAAGAAAGAAGCGAGAAGCAGUAGAAUUCUGGAAACAUUCCGAUGAACCUGAAUCAAAAAUCAGAUGCACUUCUGGAAAAUUGAGAAAAGUUGUUGAAUUGGCUAUCUCCAAUGCAGACCAAGCGGGAAUCCAGUUUGAUCUUGGUGUGAACACUCUCCAGAACUAUGUUCUUUUCUGCCAAGCUGAGAAGUUCAAAAAUCUUCAAUUCUCAACUGAUUCCACAAAAUACUGUCACAUCUCUCGAGGUGCUGUCAAUUGUCUGGUCAUUCAACAUUGA